AUGAGCGGCCGAACAACACGAGCAUGCGAUCCCUGUCGCUUGCGCAAAGUUAAAUGUAACGGUUCAUCUCCAUGCCAUCAAUGCGGUCAUCUCAAUCUGGCCUGUGUCUUCUCGGCACCGCCGACAAAACGCAAACCAACCAUUCGAGGGAGGCUGGUGGCUCAGAUACGCGAAGGGGCCAGACCUGAUGACAAGUCGGACUCGGCUUCACCGCAGACUGAUGAUCCCUCACCUACGUAUAUUCCUACUAGUACCGGGUCGAAAUAUCCUCCAGAAUUCUUUCUAAGUCUUGUGCCGGACUAUGAGCGCGCUGUUUUUCCUGUUAACCCUAUUAUCCUCCCCUCUGAGAUGAUCACCGCGAUUGAGGUCAUGGAUCAGAGCCUUGAGAAUACGGCAAUGGUAUACGCAUUUGCAGCUUCUACCAUAAAUUUAUCGCGAAUAUCGUGGGACGUCGAUGGAGAUAUACUUGCCCAGAUAACGGAUCUCGCGAACCUGGGCUUCAAAGCGCACAAACAAGCCGAACUGGGAUCCGGUAUCCAACACAAACUGACCGUCAACAUCAAGCGUAUCGUGACUUGCAUAUUUCUAGAAAACUGCUUUUUCUUAUUCAAGCGAUUUGACCGCGGUUUUGCCAUGCUGCGAGAGGCUAGCGCAAUGAUACAAAUGAUUGAUCUGGAUCGAUAUACAGACGCGUCACUCAGUGAUCACGAAAUUGCAACAAGACAACGAAUCUACUGCGAAAUAUCCAUUCACGAACGUUUCCUUACAAUUGUCACGGGAUAUCCGUCCGUGUUGCACCCGUUGCCUUCGGUCAUUCCGUUGACAGACCACGAGCUCCCCCCACAAAUCAGCGAAGGCUUCAACCGUCUGAUUGAACUGUUUCGUGUAUUGGACGACACGUUCAUGGCUCACUGGAAGGCUCAACAGAAUCCGCAGUUUACUGCUCCGGAGAUGACGGCGGAGUGGAUUGAACACAAACAGGCUCAGUUGGAUCAGGAUGAAAUCGACGCCGCUGAGACUGACGAUGCACUCAUAUCGAGCGGAUGUGGAGGGUUGACGGAACUCCAACAGGCGGAUCUGUUUAUCACACGACUCUGGAUGAGGAUUCUUAUAUGGCAGCUUGCUUUAUCACAAGGACUUCUACAGUCCGCACCACCACAAACCUCCCACGAGGGCUUCUGCAUGCACUUCCCCGCACGACGACUCUCAACCCAACUCCGGAAUUUAGUCGGGCGUUUGGAAAACAUUGAUAGCAUCGCCCUACAUGGGCCUGGCAUUCUGCAGAAGCUGUUCGAGAUCACGAGUACUGUGGCGGAUGUGUUGGCUCUGCCUAUCGGACCGGGAGAAGAGCAAGAUGCUGAGGCAAGGGUGGAAGACUUUUUGUUUAUCGUCACAUUUCUACUCAGUUUCAACAGGAUUCAACAGAGUCAGAGAGAGUACUUGAAGGAGAAGCUGAGUACGCUUCAGAGGGAGCAUGCAUCAGGGUUCCAGAGUCUAGCCAUAUAUAACUUUGAGAUAUAG